AUGCGGUCGUCGUUCACUACCUCGUCGGGGGAGCUGAGCGCGAUCACUUCGCCGAUGUCAUCAAGACAUGUGUCCUUCAACGCACCUUACAAUCCCCAGGAAUGGGGACCCAUUAGAGGAAAUGUGUCUCCCAGUGUUGGGAUGAGCGCGUUUGUUCCUUCAAACGAUGCCGCAUCCAUUCCUCCUCCACCUUACUCUCCGAGACAUCCAAAACCUGCGGAGACACACGCCGACCAAUCGCCUAAUUUAGCCUUGGGUGUGAACGCUUCGCCGUUGGCGGCUGCGGCUCAAUACAACUCCCCAAUCUCCGGAAUAACUCUGGAGUCGGGUUCCGGAUAUCGCUACCCUGCAUCCCGGCCACGACCCGCGUCGAUGAUUCAAAAUGGUGAUGUUGUUGUUGGUGAUGCUCAGCCGCAAUCUGUCCAAGCUCCGAAUAUGAGUGGCCACCAUUCACAAUCCGCUGUACAAAGUGGACCAGGUGUACUGCAAUUCAAUGCAAACACAAAUGUUGCCGGUAUGGGAUUCCCCACGUCAAGACAGCCUCUUGACAAUACGAUUCGACCUCCAUCAUCGAAGAGAGCUGCUUCUACGGGUGAUAUAGGACCGAGUAGGAAUGCAAAUGCAUCAUAUGCUUGGCUUCCUCACCAAGCUGCUCGCUGGGAGCCGGGGAUGCCGCUCCCACCUCCCCCUCCUGGGCCACCACCCGGUGGUGGUUCUCACCAAUCGAGAGAGUCGUCUCGAGGCCCUUCCCAAGAAGGAUCAAACCGGUCAAGUCGGCAUAGAUCGCCGCCGGUAUUGGGGACCAGUCUUGGUGAAGUCCCACCCACACCUGCCGGAUGGGUCGAUCAAGCCUUCGUCGCGAACAGACGCUCAGAAAAUUCAAGAGAGCGUGUGGGUUCUCUACUACAAAACGCAAAUAAUUACGCGCCUUCUGACGAAUUGGCUCACUUAACUCGGCAUCGCCAAGGCCCAGCUCCAGUUAUACCCCGAAGAGACGACCCCCCAUCUACCAGAGGCAUAAGCGCCAAGGGUAUUAGAGAGCGCAGAAUUGAGAGCAGGAAAGAGCAAGCUUCUGGGACAACAAAUUCUGAUUCCAGUAAUAAGGAUGAAUCAUCGGACCCUUCCUGGCCUAGCGACCUUGUCCUUGGGAAUCCAGGUGGUCCAGGGCUUAUGCGUCGCCGCACCGUAACGAAACAUACUCCUCGAACCCCACGAACCGCGCAGUCAGAUGGCCAGUUGACUAGUUCCAUCUCUAAAUCUCCGUUUGUCUUGUUACCAUCAACUGAUUCUGCUCAAUUCACCCCCAAACAACCACAAACGCCAUCUCUUGAUAAUUUUGGUCAGUCAAGCAGUUAUGCCCAAACGCCUCCAUUUUCUCCUGGCAAUGACCUGCAGUCACCAUCUUUUCCUGGAUCUACGACCCAGAUGCUGCCGCCAAGAGCGUUGCCAACACCGCCGCUCCAGGCCAUUCGGGAGCGUAGCUCUACGUCAAUAUCCAGGUCUACUGAGCAGGAGAGGUCUGCCUCACAUCUACCGGAUUCACCAACUAACGGCACGCAACAGCACAUGCCAUCGAUUUCAAGCAAAUUGUCCCCAGGCCUUCUCCAGUCUAACAGAGUGGUAGAAUACGCAAAUGAUGAAUUUGUCCGCGAUGCUGUUCUGCGACAUCGCGAUUUCAUAGAAAGGGAAGCUUCCGCGUCCACUGAAGUCGAGGCUUUAGAAUUAUUUGCCGAUUUCAUCGUAUCUGAGUUCAGUAUACGGCAACAACGCUACGCUCUUACCUGCAAGACCGGCUUAUUUGAUCUACAAAAGGUUUGUGACAGGAUUUUCCGACCGGAUUCCACACAGCACAAUAGUGCCCCAACAGAUGUCCCUCCACCAACUCGCAUAAGUACUCGAGUAGCUCCGUCGAUUCUCCUUUCGUCUGACGUUCGACAAUCACGGGCGGAAUCUGGCUGGUGGAAUAACUACAAGCCGUCACUAUCUCCAAUUGGUAGCAUAAGCAUAAACAAUGAUGAAAUGAGUUCCAGAGGGAGAGCUCCCAGUCGCUGGUGGGAGUCGCAGACUGGGUCUGACAGUGGUGGUUCUGGAAAAAAGAUCCGACGAUCCAAACAGGAAACGAAGUACAUGGGCGUCCCUCGAGAAGUGCGUGAAGCGAUGCAGUUGGAGCACUUUUCAGCAGGAGUAAUUGACGGGAAUCUAUCGCCAACCAAUCCUCCGGCUUUCAGCUUUUCUGCUACGUAUGGACCAGAUGAAUAUCCUCCGGAAAAAGUCGGCUGGGGGGAAAGGCAGCCUUCUGUCCCUCCCGCACCAAUGGGUUCACAUUCUCUUGAUUGUCAGAUCCCGACUCUUGAUAUCUCAAGAUUCGUUACACUUCCGCCACCAUACCCCAGGCACUAUCCUGCAGUUAAUAACAGUCACCCGGAUCUCUUAUACUUUCGUAGUACUGUGAGAACCGUAAGCGAUCUUACGGAAGUCCAAGAAACAAAGGAAAGCCACAAAGUGAAGCUUGAAAAACUUCAGCAUGAACAUCAAAUGAAAAUGAAGGAAUCUCGACGAGCAUUUAGAUCAAAUAUGAAUAACCGCAUCGAACAAGGGACAUUAUCUUAUGCAGAAGCUGCUGAGGCGGAGGCAGUCCAUCUUGUCGAAGAACAGAAGCGGGAAAAGGAGUUGGUUCAGGCAGAAUUCGAUUCUUUUCAAGAGGUGGUGUUCCAACCGUUACAGAUUAUCCUCAAGGACCGUAUCGAGAUUGCGUCCACCUGUAUUGACAACCUCCGAAGCAAGUUGGUUGAUUCAACGCAGGAUGGAACUCACAAUCAAACACAGGAGGAAGGGGAUGAACGACCAGAGUUGCUGGAAAAGCUGACACAACUUAAAUGGCUUUUUGAAGCUCUUGAGCAGCUGCAUCGAGAGGUGUACGCGCUUGAAAGCGAACGUAAUGAGCGCUAUCGAGCCAUCGUUACUUUGCCAUACAAGCAGGCUAAGAACCAAGAGAAGCUUCUCGAAACAGACUCGUUCUUCCUACAAGACGAACGAAACCGGAAGCUGACGUUCGCCACGGAAACGCUGCGGCGUUUCGAAAGUUUCAUGGAAGUCAUCGAGGAAAACGUCGGUAGGGGUGUGGAGACUCAGCUUUCAGCCUUUUGGGAUAUUGCACCCUCUCUCGUCACUGUCCUCCAGAAAAUUCCCGAGGACCUUCGAUCGUUUACUGUCCAGAUCCCUGCGAAGGAGUAUACCGAAAACCGUAGCUACUACCAGUUCCCCCUGCAGUACCUCUACUCCCUUCUCUCUCACGCCGAAAAGUCCACUUACCAGUUCAUCGAAUCUCAAACCAAUCUGCUUUGCCUACUCCAUGAAGUUAAAACUAGUCUCAUGAAGGCAAAUUGUAACGUUAUGGAGGUGCAGCGCAUAAUAUCUGGUGAGCCAGGAGAGUGCAUCCAGGGCGAAAUGAAAGAAUCGAGUGAGGAGGAAGAAAGGAGAUUGACUGCUGAUCUGAAGGACAAAGUUGUAAUGGUUGAACAGCAAUGGGAUGAGGCUCUAGGCAAGCAGCUUGGGUGCGUUAAAACGCGUGUGCAGCAAGAUCUUCUGGCCCAAGGCGGGUGGGAUGAUACGAUGUUCGAAGAAUCCUAA